CAUAAAUGGACGAAAAGGUACCUAUGUGAGAGUGAGAGGGCAACAACUUUGUUACUUGUCGACAAAACAUCUUGUACUGUUAUAGCUCCUCUCGUGACUAUGAAAUAUGAAUCAAUCAAUUCUAGUCUAGCCCUCUACUUUUUCCAAUUAAUCUAUAUAAUUGAUCUUAAUUUCUACCACUCCUCAGCCUCUGAGCAAAAAUGGCUACCAUUAUCUCUAUUACUUUAUCAUUUGUAUUAGUUAUAACUUUUUUCAUCCAAAUAUUUUUGCAGAAUGGUCUAGUUUUGGCUGGUUCAAUUCUUGGCCAAAGUAGAGAAACUUUGGAAAUAAUCAUCGGCGGAGGUGGUGAAAAUUCUCCACCACCACCUCCACCGGAUAAUCAAGAUUGUCCACCACCACCACCGUCACCAGAACCACCUUGCCCUCCACCACCAUCGCCACCACCAUACCUCUUUGAAAGUAAACGUAUCGAGAUAGCCUACAAUGUAAUCCAAAAGUUUAAGGCCAAAAUCAAGUAUGACCCUUUAGGAAUUAAAAACACAUGGGUUGGCUAUGAUGUUUGUAACAAGUACAAAGGUUUCCAUUGUGCAAUUGUUCCUGAUUAUAAGGUUCAAGCACUAGCUGCAGUGGACUUCAAUCAGUUCAAUUUUGCUGGUCCUGACCUUACUCUUAACGGCUUUCUUGAUGAAUUACCAGACAUAACAAUUUUCCAUGCAAAUUCCAACAAGUUUACAGGCACAAUCCCAAAAAAGAUCGCGAAUCUUCGUUACCUUUAUGAGUUAGACCUUAGCAACAACAAUUAUAAUGGCGAAUUUCCAAAUGACGUUCUUGGUGCCAAGAAUUUAACGUUCUUGGACCUUAGAUUCAAUACUUUUUCAGGAUUGGUUCCACCUCAAGUUUUCAUGCUAAACCUCGACGUUCUCUUUAUCAACAACAACAAUUUAAUGCAGAAACUUCCUGAUAACCUGGGAUCAACCCCGGUUCUUUACUUGACUCUAGCCAACAACAAAUUCAUUGGCUCCAUUCCACGUAGCAUUGGCCAAGCUUGUAAAACUUUACUUGAAGUUCUGUUCUUGAACAACCAGCUUACUGGUUGUUUGCCAUAUGAAAUUGGGCUUUUAACUAAGGCCAGAAUAUUUGAUGUGAGCAAAAACAAGUUAACAGGGAAAAUACCUCAUUCGUUCGGAUGUUUGGCUAACAUGCAGAUACUGAACUUGGCGCAAAAUCAGUUUUAUGGACCUGUGCCUGAACUGGUGUGCAAGCUGUCCAACUUGAAGAAUUUGUCGUUGUCGUACAAUUACUUCACUGAGGUUGGGCCAGAGUGCAAGAAGCUAAUUCAAAGAAAGGUUCUUGAUGUGAGGAUGAAUUGCAUUCCAGGGUUGCCAAUGCAAAGAUCAGCAGCAGAAUGUGCAGCAUUUUUUUGCAAGCCUAGAUCCUGUCCUGAUGAAAAGUCAUUGGGAAUAGUUCCAUGUACAAUUGGCAAUUUGGAGCACAAUGAACUGGAUUCAUCUACUAGUUCUGUUUCGGCCUUAAAUGAUCCGGCUCCAGCGCCAAGAACUUAUGGUGCUUUGAAACCGCAUUCCUUGUAAAUGCCUGUUUUCCAUGUUUGCAUAAAAUUAUACUAUGGCAGCAGUAAAAUGUAAAUUUGGCAAGUUUUUUAUUUUUAUCGAUGCAAACAUAUUGCUGAAAUUAUUCACUUA